UAUCAAUUAUGGCUGAUAUAAACGGAAGCAUGAGUGCUAACAAAUUCGAUCUGCCAGUAGAUUCGGAGCACAAAGCGAAAACCCUAAAAAUAUUGUCGUUCAAGCAGCCCCACAUGAGAUCCUUCCACUUAGCCUGGAUCUCCUUCUUCACCUGCUUCAUCUCCACCUUCGCCGCCGCCCCGCUCGUCCCGAUCAUCCGCGACAACCUCAACCUCACCCGCUCCGACAUCGGAAACGCCGGCGUGGCCUCCGUCUCCGGCAGCAUCGCCUCCCGACUCAUCAUGGGCGUCAUCUGCGACCUCAUCGCCCCCCGCUACGGCUGCGCCUUCCUCAACCUCCUCACCGCCCCCGUCGUCUUCUCCGUCGCCUUCAUCUCCUCCGCCCAGGGUUACAUUGCUGUCAGAUUCAUGAUCGGAUUCUCCCUCGCCACCUUCGUCUCCUGCCAGUACUGGACCAGCGUCAUGUUCACCAGCUCCAUCAUCGGAACUGUCAACGGCGUCGCCGGCGGGUGGGGUGACAUGGGCGGCGGCGUCACCCAGCUCUUGAUGCCGUUUCUCUUCCACAUGAUCACCACCUACGGCGGUGCCACCCCUUUCACCGCCUGGAGGAUCGCCUUCUUCAUACCUGGUUGGCUGCAUAUUAUUAUCGGAGUUAUGGUGUUGGCUCUCGGCCAAGAUUUUCCAGAUGGCAACCUCGGAGCCCUCCAGAAGAGUGGUGACGUGGCAAAGGACAAGUUCUCUAAGGUGUUGAAGCAUGCUGUCACGAACUAUAGAACAUGGGUUUUCUUCCUACUGUACGGAUUCUCCAUGGGAGUUGAGCUCUGCAUAAACAACGUUAUCGCUGAAUAUUUCUACGACAGGUUCAACCUGAAGCUACACACCGCCGGAAUCAUCGCCGCCACCUUCGGCAUGGCCAACUUCGCCGCCCGCCCACUCGGCGGCUACGCAUCCGACGUGGCAUCCCGGAAAUUCGGAAUGAGGGGCCGACUUUGGGUACUCUGGAUAGUCCAAACCCUAGGAGGAGUCUUCUGCAUCUGGCUCGGCCGAGCCAACUCACUCUCUGUAGCGAUCGCCUCCAUGAUUCUCUUCUCCAUAGGGGCCCAGGCCGCCUGUGGGGCCACCUACGGAAUCAUCCCUUUCGUUUCUAGAAGGUCUUUGGGUCUGAUAUCCGGACUCACCGGAGCCGGUGGAAACUUCGGCGGCGGAUUGACCCAGCUCAUAUUCUUCUCCACCACCAGAUUCUCGACGGCGAGUGGGCUCACUUAUAUGGGUGCCAUGGCCGUUGCGUGUACUAUUCCGGUGGCGGUUGUUCACUUCCCGCAGUGGGGGAGCAUGUUUCUGCCGCCGUCGAAGAAGGGCGGCGGUUGCACGGAGGAGAGUUACUACUCGUCGGAGUGGAAUGAGGAAGAGAGGAUGAAGGGUUUGCACCACGGCAGCGUUAAGUUUGCCGAGAACAGCAGAUCGGAGCGUGGGAGCAGACAUGAGAUUGCCGCCGCCGUCACUCCGCCGGGGUAUAACUCAACCCCGGCCCAUGUUGUUUAAUUAAUUAGUAUAAAAAUAUAUAUUUUGUAUUGUACUGAAUUAAAUAUUGAGCCUUGUAUUAAUUAUUAUUAUAGUGUAUAUGCAUAAAGAAUAACUAUUAUAUAUAGUUUUAUGAAUAAUUAAUGUGUAUCUUUUUCUACU